UGGUAGACUAGAGGUGCUGUGGAAAGAAUUUACACCUCAACUGGGUCACUUAUAGACAAUGAAGGGAGAUUCUUGAUCUAACGGACGGGUUUGCAGAAGUUCUCUUGCAACAGGGUGACUUCUAAUAUCCUCUGUUGUAUGAAUCUUUCUCCCUCCUUCCCUAGAUUCCUCUUUCUGUUCCUUUUUUGACCCGUCCCUUUAUCUCCCUUGCCCCAAUGGAUAGUUUCCUGUUUCUCUCGCCUUCCUUUGGACAAAUGCCUCUCUUCCUUCCCCCCUCCCCUCCUGCUAUGCAGAUCUUUCUCCCUCCCUCCCUCCUUCCCUUAGAUUCCUCUCCCUGGCUGUCCUCUGCUGCUGUUUGUGAAUGAGACUCAGUUUCUGAAUGGAGUUGCUGGGGGCUCUGGCUGGCUCAUCAGGGGAAGCAGUAUUGGCCAGGAGAAGGGGAGGGGGACGGGUUCUCUUUGCUUCCUUCCUCCCUCUCUGCUGCUUUUGAGGAAUAAGGACUGCGAGACAGACAAGCGAGAGAUGGAGGCUGCAGGAAGGAGAUUCACUCUCUAAAACGAAAAUACAAAUGAAGAGAGGGAAUUGAUCGUCCUUUGCUAACUAUAUUCAGGAAGCAACAGCAGGGGGAUCUUGCAAAGGCAGAGAAGAAAAGCCCAGGCGGAUUGAGCCACAGUGUGGAGAGAUUGCAAGCAGAUCUUGUGGGGGGAAUGAAACUUCCAGAGCAGCUGGGUUUUUUUACCCCCUUUUGUGUGUGCAAUUUUCUGUAACCUGCAAAAGCUUUAAUGAAACCGAGGAAGAACUAAAAGAGCCCGACGUUUGCAAAGAAACCAAAAGAAUCGUUGCAAUUAAGAGGAGACAAAACUGAACUUUAAUUUAUUUUUUUCUUUCAAGUUGCAUCAGCUUUUCGGGGGAAGGGAUCACUGCAUUAACCUUUCCCCCUCCAAGUGUGUAGCUAAUCUGCAAGAGAGACUAAUGGGUGCUCCCUGGGAGCUCAGGAGCAGCGUCCCCAGUUGAGCGGGGUGCUUGAGGGGCCCCUGGCUGGGAGGGAGAGAGAGAGAGAGGCCAGCCAGCUGCCUCCCUCCGGGGUGUUGGCUGGGGGAAAAGGGGCCGGUUUGCUGGUUUUGAGUCAGGCUGGUCGAUGUUUGAAAACCCUGGCUUAAAAACUCCGAAGAAACAAGCAGCAGCAGCCGCCACCGCCGCCUCCUCAGCAGUUUGCAAGCAGGAGGAGCUGCGGCAGCAGGAUGGCCGCAGAGCUGAGCCCGGAGGAGGAGCAGGUCACAUGAGAAAUUUGUAGUAAUGAAAUCUAACGUGAGGUUAAUCAGAUCCCACGCAGGCCACAAAGCAGUUCCUAGAGGAGAUUAACAAGUGGACUGUGCAGUACAAUGUGUCUCCGCUUUCCUGGAACGUAGCCGUCAAGUUCCUCAUGGCUAGGAAGUUUGAUGUCCUGCGAGCGAUCGAGCUGUUCCAUUCCUACAGAGAAACUCGGUUGAAGGAAGGAAUUGUGAAGCUGAAACCUCACGAAGAACCUCUUCGCUCUGAGCUGCUCAGUGGGAAGUUCACCAUCCUAAGUGCGCGGGACCCCUCCGGAGCCUCUAUCGCCCUCUUCACUGCCAAGUUACAUCAUCCCAAUAAAAGCGUCCAACAUGUGGUGCUCCAGGCGCUGUUCUAUCUGCUGGACAGAGCUGUGGAGAGCUUCGAAACGCAGAGAAACGGCCUGGUGUUCAUCUACGACAUGGCGGGCUCCCACUAUACCAACUUCGAGCUGGACCUGAGCAAGAAAAUCCUCAACCUGCUGAAGGGAGCCUUCCCGGCUCGUCUCAAAAAGGUGUUUAUUGUGGGUGCCCCGAUGUGGUUCCGAGUCCCCUACUCCAUCAUCAGCCUCCUGCUGAAAGAGAAGCUCCGAGAAAGGGUUCAGAUGGUGAAGAUGUCGGAGCUGAAGGAACACCUGCCCCGGGAAUGUCUCCCCGAAUACCUAGGGGGCUCCCUCAAGCUGGACCCUCUCAGCUGGAACUGCCGGUUCCUCCCCCAGCAGAAUGGCCACCCAGACCCGUUGGAUGAGCUGAUCCUGGUACCGCUGGUUUCCCCACGAGAUAACGGCUCAGUGCAUGUUCCAGGACCAAAGUGCAUGACUGUCCAUCAACUGAAGGACCAUGUGAACCGAAAGCAGAAGAGGGGAAUCUAUGAGGAGUACGAGGACAUCCGGCGCAGGAGUCCUGCGGGGACCUUCAUCUGCUCCCUGGCUCCGUAUAACCAGGAGAAGAACCGAUAUGGGGACGUGCCGUGCCUGGACCAAACUCGAGUGAAGCUGACCAAGCAGUACAGCCGCUCCGAGCUGACAGACUACAUCAAUGCCAGCUUCAUGGAUGGCUAUAAGCAAAGGAAUGCUUACAUUGGUACUCAAGGACCUCUGGAAAACACGUAUUGCGACUUCUGGCGCAUGGUGUGGGAGCAAAACGUUCUGGUGAUUGUCAUGACAACCAGGCUUGAAGAAGGAGGCAGGAGGAAGUGUGGCCAAUACUGGCCAUUGGAGAAAGACUUCCAAGUGUGCUACGGAUCCCUCACUGUCACCAACCUUGGGGUGGAGAACCUGAACCAUUACAAGAAAACCCUUCUGGAGAUCUAUAACACUGAGCACAGAGAGAGGCGUCUGGUGUCCCAUUUCCAGUACUUGAGUUGGCCGGAUUACGGCGUCCCUUCUUCAGCCGCCACUCUGAUCGACUUCCUGGGGGCGGUCAAGCAGCAGCAGCGGUUGGCGGCCAGUGCCCUGGGGCCCCGCUUCAAAGGUCACGCAGGAGGGCCGCCUAUGGUGGUCCAUUGCAGCGCUGGCAUUGGCAGGACAGGUACCUUCUGUGCGCUGGACAUCUGCCUCUCCCAGCUGCAGGACACGGGCACGCUGAACGUGUACCAGACGGUGAUGCGGAUGAGAACGCAGAGAGCCUUCAGCAUCCAGACCCCCGAGCAGUACUAUUUCUGUUACACGGCCAUCAUUGAGCAUGUGCAGAGAGAGGGCCUGCUGCCCUCCACUCCCACACGGGCAGGCCAGGAGAAGAGCUAAUGGGGACGCAACCCAACCUGAUGGCAGGGACUGGCUCUCCUGUCAGUCACGACCAGCCCACCUUCCUCACGACCAAUCCGGAUUCAGCAGAGCCUUCAGUAACCAAACUCCUUUGUCGUAGGGCUCCAACCUUUCCUUGGCUAGCUGGUUCUGAUUAAUCGCAGCUAGUAGCCACUGACUAGCGGCUCGUGGUCUUAACUAUUAGCACCUGCUGUUGAACUGUGCCUUAUUCAAACCAAAUUGUGGCUGCCACUUGCCAGGGGUAACUAGAGAUAAGUGGGAAGAGGAUCUGCUCCUCAGUAUGAUUUCGUUUUUGUGGGACCACCUGAAAUCCACCUGGAGGACUUGACUUAAAGAAAUAUCCAUUUCCAGUACCACCCUAGCCUUGGGCUUGGAAAAGACACAUUCAUCAGUCUUACCUGCCACUAGGUGUGUGUGCCUGUCUGUCUGUAUGUGUGUAUAUAAUAUAUACUCCAUUUGUUCAGGUCUAGCCUACGUAAGUAUUAUAUAGAUACAUAUAUACACGCACCUGGUUCUGGCUGCUCCCGGGGCUCAGUGUUGUCAUGUUGUCUCACUGCUGUGAUCUCUCCAGGGGCGAGUUAUAGCCUUGCGUUGUGAAUGGCGCUGUGAUGUUACUGGCUCUGUUUUGUUUUUUCUUUUCACUCCUCUGCUGCAGCUGUAGAAGACGCACGCUCGCUAGUGUACAUGCCUGGCAGCGUACGGACCACGGCGUGUGUUGCGCUGAUACAUUCCUGUUGGAUCGGAGUGGUGCGGAGAAGCUGCGCUAGGCCCAGCUAGAUCAGAGCACAUGCUACAUCCCCAUGCCAGGGGUGGCAUGCAGGGGUUACACUGUCUUAUCCAGCAACAAAGAGUCCUGUGGCACCUUAUAGACUGACAGACGUAUUGGAGCAUGAGCUUUCGUGUCUUGCCUGUCUUUUAUUUGGAGGAGGGGUCCUGGGGCCGAUCUUUUCCCUUGAGUGAGGAGUUGCAGAUCUUCACUGUGAUGAGGGGACCCCUCCUUCCCAGGCUGGAGAUGGCUCACUAGGGGGAAAGCAAUGGGCGGCAGUAGGUACGAAGUGUUGCAGGGCAGAGGGCUGUGAAGUGCUGUCAGAGUAACUGGGCUUUACCAAGGAAGUCUGAACUCAAUUCAUAGGGGUAACUUACUUGUGCGCUAGAAGCUGUGCUUUUCCAGGGAGUCCCCCUCCCGCCUGUCUCUGCCAGGCAGACAUCAUCAGGAUGAGCUGCGGCUGCCGAGUGCCAAGCCAAGACCACCUUAAGGUAUAGAAGCCAAAAACCUGGAGCAGCAGCUUACCCCUUCCUUACUGCCCAGGCGGUGCCCGGCCUGCCAUUCAGUGCACAGACUGCGCAACCCCAGCCCUCCCAAGUGCUGCUGGGAUAUCUGACCAUCAUGCCCCUCCUUCCCCGCCCAGGGAUGUGAGGCUGGCAGUUGAGCAGACCUCAGUAACUUUAUACUGUAAUAAGCUCUCAGAAUGUGUACGUUCUUAUUUUUACAACCUUUUUGGUUUUGUAUUUAACAUUCACUUGAUCGAGCCAGAGCCGGAAAUCAUUGUAAAUGUUCCUAUGCGCUGUCGCAUGGCGAGACGGUUUUGUAUUUACGUAUAAAUAUACCUACAGACGAUCCGUACGCUUAGCUUCAUCAAUGCAGCCGCUUGUGGGGUGGGAAGGGGGAGUUGAAGUCAGGGAGUCUGUGGACAC